AUGUCUAACCAAGAGGUUUCUUUAGAUGAGGUCAUUAAGAAUAUCAGUAAUCAUGGAAAAUUUCAGACUGUCCGAGUUAUUACGCAGUCGUUCAGUAGCGUAUCAUCAUCAUCAUCAUCAUCAUCAUCAUCAUCAUCAUCAUCAUCAUCAUCAUCAUCAUCAUCAUCAUCAUCAUCAUCAUCAUCAUCAUCAUCAUCAUCAUCAUCAUCAUCAUCAUCAUCAUCAUCAUCAUCAUCAUCAUCAUCAUCAUCAUCAUCAUCAUCAUCAUCAUCAUCAUCAUCAUCAUCAUCAUCAUCAUCAUCAUCAUCAUCAUCAUCAUCAUCAUCAUCAUCAUCAUCAUCAUCAUCAUCAUCAUCAUCAUCAUCAUCAUCAUCAUCAUCAUCAUCAUCAUCAUCAUCAUCAUCAUCAUCAUCAUCAUCAUCAUCAUCAUCAUCAUCAUCAUCAUCAUCAUCAUCAUCAUCAUCAUCAUCAUCAUCAUCAUCAUCAUCAUCAUCAUCAUCAUCAUCAUCAUCAUCAUCAUCAUCAUCAUCAUCAUCAUCAUCAUCAUCAUCAUCAUCAUCAUCAUCAUCAUCAUCAUCAUCAUCAUCAUCAUCAUCAUCAUCAUCAUCAUCAUCAUCAUCAUCAUCAUCAUCAUCAUCAUCAUCAUCAUCAUCAUCAUCAUCAUCAUCAUCAUCAUCAUCAUCAUCAUCAUCAUCAUCAUCAUCAUCAUCAUCAUCAUCAUCAUCAUCAUCAUCAUCAUCAUCAUCAUCAUCAUCAUCAUCAUCAUCAUCAUCAUCAUCAUCAUCAUCAUCAUCAUCAUCAUCAUCAUCAUCAUCAUCAUCAUCAUCAUCAUCAUCAUCAUCAUCAUCAUCAUCAUCAUCAUCAUCAUCAUCAUCAUCAUCAUCAUCAUCAUCAUCAUCAUCAUCAUCAUCAUCAUCAUCAUCAUCAUCAUCAUCAUCAUCAUCAUCAUCAUCAUCAUCAUCAUCAUCAUCAUCAUCAUCAUCAUCAUCAUCAUCAUCAUCAUCAUCAUCAUCAUCAUCAUCAUCAUCAUCAUCAUCAUCAUCAUCAUCAUCAUCAUCAUCAUCAUCAUCAUCAUCAUCAUCAUCAUCAUCAUCAUCAUCAUCAUCAUCAUCAUCAUCAUCAUCAUCAUCAUCAUCAUCAUCAUCAUCAUCAUCAUCAUCAUCAUUUGAAGAAGAAACACAAUUAUAUUUUCUAGCUAUCACUGUCAAUUAG